AUGGUUUUUCCAAAACCUUCUUCUGAAUCUGAUCUCUUUCUUCAUUCUAACUUUGCUUCUCGUUAUGCCAGAGACUCUCUUCCUAGGUUCAGCAUGCCAGAAAACUCUAUGCCAAAGGAAUCAGCAUACCAGAACAUACACGAUGAGCUGCAGCUUGAUGCUAAUCCAAAGCUGAACCUGGCUUCCUUUGUAACCACAUCCAUGGAGGAAGAGUGCAACAAGCUCAUAAUGGAAUCCAUCAACAAGAACUAUGUUGAUAUGGAUGAGUACCCUAUUACCACUGAUCUCCAUAAUCGAUGUGUGAACAUGAUUGCGCGUUUGUUCCAUGCUGAAAUUGGAGAAAAUGAGAGCGCAAUCGGAGCAGGAACCGUUGGAUCAUCCGAGGCCAUAAUGCUGGCAGGGCUUGCCUUCAAGAAGAGGUGGCAGAACAAGCGCAAAGCUGAGGGAAAGCCCUGUGAUAAGCCAAACUUGGUCACUGGUGCCAAUGUUCAGGUUUGUUGGGAGAAGUUUGCAAGGUAUUUUGAGGUGGAGUUGAGGGAAGUGAAGGUGAGAGAAGGGUACUACGUGAUGGACCCUGCCAAGGCCGUUGAGAUGGUGGAUGAGAACACAAUUUGUGUGGCUGCAAUCUUAGGUUCAACUUACAAUGGAGAAUUUGAAGAUGUCAAGCUCUUGAAUGACCUGUUGCUAGAAAAGAACAAGCAAACUGGAUGGGAUACACCUAUUCAUGUUGAUGCUGCUAGUGGUGGCUUUAUUGCUCCUUUCCUUUAUCCAGAGCUGGAAUGGGAUUUCAGACUGCCAUUGGUGAAGAGCAUCAAUGUUAGUGGCCACAAGUAUGGACUUGUUUAUGCUGGAAUUGGAUGGGUUUUAUGGAGAAGCAAAGAAGACUUGCCAGAAGACCUUGUUUUCCACAUCAAUUACCUUGGAGCAGACCAACCUACAUUCACCCUGAAUUUUUCUAAAGGUUCUAGUCAGAUCAUUGCUCAAUAUUAUCAGCUAAUUCGCCUUGGGCAUGAGGGGUAUAAGAGCAUAAUGGAGAACUGCAGAGAAAAUGCUAUGGUGCUGAAGGAACGUUUGGAGGAGACAGGAUGCUUUAACAUCCUCUCAAAGGACAAUGGUGUUCCUGUGGUGGCAUUUUCUCUGAAGGACAGAAGCCACUAUGAUGAGUUCAAGAUAUCAGAGAUGUUGCGCCGCCACGGUUGGGUAGUGCCCGCGUAUCCAAUGCCACCGGGCGCACAGCACAUCAAUGUGCUCCGUGUGGUGGUCAGGGCCGAGUUUUCACGCACACUUGGUGAACGCCUUGUGCUUGACAUUAAAAAUGUGAUGCAUGAGCUUCAGAAACCUCACUACCCUGCCAAAAUGACCAACAUUAGGGAAGAAAAUGCAUUGGUUGACAAUGUGAUUGGUGUGAAGAAGAGUGCAUUAAUGGAUGCACAGAGGGAAAUCAUUGCUCAAGAAUCCAACAAGCGCCAGAAAAUCAUGGCUGCCUAGGAGGGAGGCUGGGAGGGUUAUUCACUUUGGGCAUUGGCAAAUGGCAACUAAAUAAGGAACUCCCCCUUUACUGAUUUGGUUUAUUUUAUUUUUCAAAAUUUUAUGUAACUCACUUAGCUUAUUUCAUUAUUAUUUUGUAUUU